UUCAAACUGAUGUCACCUGUGAGGGACUUUGAGAGCUCCACCAUCCAGAGACAGAGGAGUGAGCUGCAGCUGAUGAUCACUGAGCUAAAGGACCGGGACAGGGAGCUGAACACCAUGGCUGCCUCCCACCACAAGCAGCUCCACGCCUGGGAACAGGACCGCCAGCGAGUCCUUAGCCUGGAGAAGAGGUGCGCCAGGUCGGACGAAGAGCUCCAGAAGUGUGUGGGGGUGAUCCGGGCCCUCACCAGGCGUGUCCGGGUGGUGGAGGCCAGGGACAAGGACCUCCAGACGGAGCUCAGCACCACCCAGCAGAAGCUUCAGCAGCUGGGACAGGAGCACCAGGACAUGGAGCGAACCUCUAAAGACCUCCAGGAUAAAGACGCCAGCCUGACCUCCACGGUGCUGGCCCUGUCCUUUCAGGUGGGCUCCUUGCAGGUCAGGGAGGAGCAGCUCAGAGCCACGCUCCAACUCAAGGAAAAGGACGUGCGUGAGGCCGCCGCCCACAUGGGGGAGCUGAGGCUCGGCCUGCAGGACGUGGAGGCGUCGCUCGAGGAGAGCCAAUCGCGGGCAGACCGGCUCCUGAGGGUGGUGGAGGAGACCAAGCGCCGCUACCGGGCGUACAGGCACGAGAACGCCGCCCUCAGAGAGGACUUGCAGCAGCUCGUGACCCAAAGCAGUGCCCAGAGAGAGGAGAUUAUUCGCCUCAAACAGGAGCACCAGAUGCUCUGCAGGGAUCUGGCCUUGUCAGGGGAGGGCGACAGCUGGAAGGAUGAGUUGCUGGCGCUGGCGCGGUCCAAACAGGAACGCACAGAGUCUGAGCUUCACUGCCUAAGACAGGUGUGUGAUAAUCAGCAGAGUGACCUGCAGCUGCUGCAGCUGAACUUGGAGACGGCCCGUGUGACACUGGGAGAGAGGAGCGGUCAGGAGUCUGUUGGCGGUCACGGCGAUUCACUGACGUCUUCGCCGAUGACGAGGAACUGUUGUUUGGCGAACAACACAAAACAGCCAGCUACAGCGGUCGAGCUCCUCUCCCACGCCUCCAACGAUGGAAGGCAUCCGUCCGUGUCCAUCUGUCUGCAGCGGGCUCUGGAUGACUCCCAGAACUCAAUGGCCGGUCUGGUCUGUAGUGUUCUCAAACACAAGGGUUCUAUGAAGAACCAGAACGAUUUAGUCAGCCUGGACCUUAGCCACAACAGCGGCUUGAGUGAGGCCUCACACUGUCCCCACACGAGUCUGAAAUCCUUGUGUUACAGUAGAACUUCAACAGACAAGGUCACUGAAACCCCACCCAAAGCGUGACUCCAGCACAGAGAGCUCAGAGAUCUAGAUUGAAUUCAAGAAGGACAUUCUAAGUAUUAACCAAAGCAAUGUUUACAAUGUGCAGAAUGAUGUCACUAUACUGUGCAACACAAAC